AUGGCGUCAUGGGGUGAAUUUUAUCUCUGUGAUUUUAUCUUGCAGAGAUUUGAGAUUUCCGCCAGUAUAAAUAAAUUAUGGUUUUUCAGUCAUAUUUCGUGAUAAAAUGUUAAGUUACGUAAUUGUGAGAUAACUUGAGUGAUAAAAGAGGUUAGGUGUUUCUGUUCGCCUAUAAUUAGUUCGCGCACAAAUCAUAGGUUAUUAGCAAUUACUUAAAUUUAGUUAUUAAUUACAAUGGAAUCACCUGUAAAGCCUCAAAAUGUUAAUCGCCCAUUCAUGGCCCCUUUACUGGCCGGUGCUCUUGCCGGUAUUUCUGUGGACGUCACACUUUAUCCGCUGGACACCUUAAAGACUCGUCUGCAGAGCGAGCAAGGUUUCCACAAGGCCGGCGGCUUCAGAGGGGUGUACCGAGGCUUGCUGACAGUGGCAUCGACCUCCAUCCCCACAGCGUCCUUGUUCUUUGUGUCAUAUGAGACAACUAAGAAGUUAUUGCAGCCUCACAUUGAUAAGCAGUAUGCACCAUUAGUCCACAUGGUGGCAGCCAGUAUCGGGGAAGUGUUGGCCUGUGUAAUCAGAGUUCCUACUGAGAUAGCAAAGCAAAGGAAGCAAACUUAUGUAGGCAGCCAGACAAGGAGUAGUAUAAGGAUAUUAUUAGAGGCUUACAAAUCAGAGGGCCUGCGGCGAGGCGUGUACCGCGGCUUCUUCUCGACGGUAGCCCGGGACCUGCCCUUCAGCUUCAUCGAGCUGCCCGUCUGGGAGUUCCUGAAGACCCUCGUCUCGCACCACAACGAUGGACAGAUCACCAGCUUCCAGAGCGCGGUGUGUGGUUCUAUCGCAGGCGGGUUCGCUGGAGUCGUGACGACGCCAUUAGACUUGGCCAAGACGCGUAUCAUGCUAGCUGAGGAUUACGCCGUCACCAGGAAAUUGAGGAUACGCCCGGUGCUCUCCAGUAUUUACUCGGAGUCAGGGGUUAGAGGAUUGUUCGCAGGUGCCACUCCUCGUCUUACCGGCUUCAUGCUAGGCGGUUUCGUGUUCUUCGGAGUGUAUGAUGACGUCAAAACCUUCGUCGAGAACUGGGCCAGCUAGCAUCUGUUCGAUGCCCGGACAAGGCAAUAUACCUUGAAGCCACGAUAGCCGAACGGUGAAGGGGUCGGACUGGCCGACUCGUGAUCCGGGGAACGCGGGUUCGGUCCCCGCCGCCGCUCGACUAGUGUGGUGAGCCCACUCGUGAUACAAGCAUAUUUAGCUUAGUACGAGGGGCUAAAUAUACGGGACUCUUCCCACCUCUCGUCGCCACCGCUGCAACUCCUGUGUGGCCAGGAUCUACAGCUUGGCCGCCAAUAAAAACCCAACCAGUGAAGGCCAAGUUUGUCCUGGGAGAAAGUUGAAGUACAAGUCUGUUAUCUUUUUACCUCUUGCCCGAGUGUGUUUUCUUGUUAAUAACUCUGUGUCCCCUUUCAAAAAGUGGGAUAUAAAGCUUGGAUUCUGUGUCGUUUUUUUAAUAUAUGAAUGAAUUGUUAAUAAUGUUAAGAGGUUGUGAACCUUUUGUUGUAUGUAUUUACAUAAGUUUAUUUCGUAUUAUUAUUUAGUUACUUGUUACAGUAAUACAUAAUUAUAUUACUUGUUAUGUAUAACAAUAGUGUUAAUAUUUUGACUGAGUAGUCAGGCCAAUCUAGUCUAGAUAUCGAAUAAAUUGUUGAGUACAAUGUUUAUUAUAUUACAAUUGUAUCUUUAUUUGUUUACUUACAUUAUG